AUGCCUUAUCCAUAUUCCAAGACGGCUACAUCUUGCACUGUGACGGAGUAUGCCUCUGUGUCUGCAGCAGUAGCGUCCUGCACAGCGAUAACCCUUAAGAGUAUCACGGUUCCAGCUGGUGAUACGUUGGAUCUGACGAAGUUGAAGGCUGGAUCGAAGGUCACCUUCUCAGGCACCACGACUUUUGAAUAUGUAGCCGAGGACUUUGAUCCCGUCAAGAUCACUGGCUCAGGAGUCGAGAUCACCGGUGAUUCCUCCCAUGUCAUUGAUGGCAACGGCUCGGCGUGGUGGGACGGACAAGGUUCGAAUGGCGGUACAACGAAACCGGAUCACUUCAUUGUCUUGAGUAAACUUGUUGCCAACUCGCAUGUCCACGGACUGAACAUCAAGAACUGGCCGACCCAUUGCUUCCAGAUCACCGGCGCCAAAGACUUGAUCAUCGAGAAUAUUUAUCUAGACAACUCCGCUGGUGAUGCCCCAAACAGCAAGUCUGGUGGGAAGGCAGCUGCUCACAACUCAGAUGGCUUCGAUAUAAGCUCCAGCACCAAUGUAGUUCUGAGGAAUUCAAUCGUGAAGAACCAGGACGACUGUGUUGCUGUGACCAGUGGGACAAACAUUACUGUCUCUGGGCUGACCUGUAGUGGUGGCCACGGUUUGAGCAUUGGGAGUGUCGGUGGCAAAAGUAACAACACCGUAUCUGGGAUUACCUUCUCUGACAGUACGAUAUCCAAUUCUGAGAAUGGGGCGCGAAUCAAGACCAACUCUGGUACCACGGGAAGUGUCGAGAAUAUAGUGUACACGAACAUCAAGUUGUCCAAUAUCUCUGAUUAUGGCAUCGACAUCCAGCAGGACUACCUGAAUGGGGGCCCAACCGGUGUCCCUACCAACGGAGUUACGAUCAAGGGUGUUACGAUGUCCAACAUUACCGGCACAGCGACGAGCGAUGCGAAGAAUUAUUAUAUUCUUUGCGGCAGCGGGUCAUGCUCCGACUUUACCUUUAAUGGUAUUAGUAUCACUGGUGGGACUGGCGACAGCUGUAACUAUAGUCCGGCCGGUGACUUCAAAUGCGCUUGA